CGAAGAGGGGAGAAGAGGCGGGUCUGGAGCCCCCCGCUGCUGGCGGCCACAGGGCGGCUGCACCAGGAGGUGCGUGUCCCGUCCAAGACGGGAGCCCCAGGCCAGGGAGCGGCCGAGGCCGGGCCUGAGGCCUGGGCCGGCCACUGGGCUAGUACUCCGUUCCUGCCGGAAAGAUGAAGACUUGUCUUUUAAGGAUGACAACGUGGAGAAAACGCCCAUCAACUGAUCUCCCCUACCGUGGGCCCACAGCACCUCUCAAACCCCACAUUACCCAAACUCACUGCCUGGCCUGUGGCCCUACCUCUUCUCUGAGGUCUUCCCUCACUCUGCUGUUCCCGAGGACAGGGACUUAGCCAGAAACAGAGUCCCCUUGCUGUCUGUGACAGUGUUUCCCUCCCUACGGUAACCUGUAACCUGUCGGUAACCUAUCUGCAGGCCCAUCCAACCAUCAUUGUCCCCACCCUGACAUUCUUCCUCACCCUCUUCCCUUCACCCUGGGGACCCUCUGCCUCUCCAUCCCACCCCCAACCUCCUUUGUCUUGGUUUCCUGGUCAUGACUGCCUCCCUGUCCCCUCCCACACCCAUUAGCCCACCAUCCUCCCAACCACCCCAGCACCCUCCUUCCUAAUCUUGGGAGGCAUCUCGUCUGGCUGAACUGGAGAAUUCCGGGAUCUAGGCCAUACUCCUUAGCUGACAGCCCCAUCCUUGGUAGGAGGAGCAGGAGGGGAAGAACUAGGGUGGGGGGUGAUGGGAACAAGGUCAGGCCAGGAGGCCCCUGAGGACAGAGACUGUAAGGAGACUGGGAUUGAGGGGAAAGCAAAGGAACUAGAGCCAGGGCCAAAGGAAGAGGGGGGCCAGCAGGAGGUAUUUGCGGGGGAGGUUCAGCAGCUGUCUUUCCUAAGACAGGGACACAUGGGCCUGGUUAUUCCUCUUGUCACAUAUGGAAUGGUAGGAGAUGGAAGAGGGAAAAAGGGCAAGCUCAGGAGAGCUCAGGCACAGAGGUAAAUGGUGUUAGCUGUCUGAGCCACUGCUCCCCCCCACACACAGAGGGGCACCUGAGCCCAGCCUAAGCACCCCCUACAGGCCCCCCUCACCUCAAUCCUCUCAAAUGGUCCAAACCCUUUUCCUAUAACACUGACCAAUGACAGGGUCAUUCCCCAACAUAGGCAAUACCCACAUUCCCACUGGGAAAGGGGGACGAAGACUCAACCCCCACAGGGUUAUAGGAGAGAAAGGCAGGAAAGCAAGAGCCCUAGGGGGUCUCAGGAGCAGGUGUGUUGUCCAGGGAAAAGAAAUUUGGCCGGUCAGGAACUGUAAAACACACCAAUCUAAAACCAGAACCAGAUCUCCGUGCCUCCUCCGCGGGAACAAAAACCGUCCUGUCAGAUUUCUCCUGGGAAAAAAAGACCUCCCAGCCAGGUCCCAGGUUUCCCAUCUCCUAGGAAAAGAUGGAUCUCCCUGUUGAAAUCCUUCCUGUGGUGUGUGUGGGUGGAGGAGCUGGGCUCUGCUAGUGGACCAUGGUCCAGGCAGGGGUUCCACGUUCAGUGCAGGUGGGAGGAGAAGGCGUCACUUCCGGGGGCCUUCGGCCUUCGCCGGUAUCUGGUGGCUCCCUGCUCUCUGAUUGGACAGAAGUGUCCGGGGCAGGCUUGUGACCCUACUGCUGUGGAGGGGCUGUGCCCCAACACUACGUGUCUUCCUACCCAUCGGCUCCCCAGAGUGCUGCCUGCUGUGCACCUGGGUCCUGGAGCCCUUCUCCACCCGGAUAGAUUCCAGACCCUCUUCCUCAGCCCACCUGUGCCCCCACCGUGCAAGAAGUGCCAGAGCCCAAGCCGCCUCCAUGGCCCCAGGAAGGAUUCAGGGGAGAGGCCCCAUCCAGGGAGCCGCUCCUACCAGACAGCCUGGCCAGAAUGGAGCUGACUGAACUGCUCCUCGUGGUCAUGCUUCUCCUAAAUGCAAGACUGGAUCUGUGCCUCCCGGCUCCUCCCGCCUGUGACCCCCGUCUCCUAAAUAAACUGCUUCGUGACUCCCAUGCCCUUCACAGCAGACUGAGCCAGUGUCCAGACGUUAACCCUUUGUCCACACCUGUCCUGCUGCCUGCUGUGGACUUUAGCUUGGGAGAAUGGAAAACCCAGAAGGAGCAGACCAAGGCACAGGACGUUCUGGGAGCCGCAGCCCUUCUGCUGGAGGGAGUAAUGGCAGCACGGACCCAACUGGGACCCACCUGCCUCUCAUCCCUCCUGGGACAGCUUUCUGGACAGGUCCGCCUCCUCCUUGGGGCACUGCAGGGCCUCCUUGGAACCCAGUUUCCUCCACAGGGCAGGACCACAAUUCACAAGGAUCCCAGUGCCAUAUUCCUGACCUUCCAACAACUGCUCCGAGGAAAGGUGCGCUUCCUGUUGCUUGUAGUAGGGCCCACCCUCUGUGCCAAGCAGGCCCUACCCACGACAGCUGUCCCAAGCAAUACCUCUCUAUUCCUCACCCUGCACAAGCUCCCAAACAGGACUUCUGGACUGUUGGAGACAAACUCCAGUGUCUCCGCCAGAACUACUGGCUCUGGACUUCUGAAGAGGCUGCAGAGAUUCAGAGCCAAGAUUCCUGGUCUGCUGAACCAGACCUCCAGGUCCCUAGACCAAAUGCCUGGACACCUAAACAGGACACAUGGACCCUUGAUUGGAACUCAUGGACUCUUUCCUGGACCCUUACCUGCAGCCCUAGGAGCCCCAGAUAUCCCUCCAACAACUUCAGGCAUGGACUCCCUGCCCCCUGACCUCUGGCCUGGAUAUUCUCCUUCCCCAGCCCAUCCUCCUACUGGGCAAAACACACUCUUUUCUCCUACACCCACCUCACCCAUCCCUCCGGGGCCAGCUCCAACCUCCACCUCCUAACCCUUCUGCCACACCCAACUGGACCAGUCCUCUUCUAAUUGCAGCCCACCCUCCCUUCCAGAAUCUGUCUCAGGAGGAGAAAGGUGCUCUGGCCCUGCCAGCAUCAGCACUGUCUCCAUGUAAAGUUCCCUUUCUGGGAGCCAGGCCCUGGGAGUCGUGUUAUAUCAGAUUACCUGCUUUCACCUGAAACCCAAAGUCCUGCUAAAGGGGACUACACGGGACAGAAAAGGGGAUCAUUUUUCACUGGAUAUUGUAAAACUUCAGAAGCUAUUUUUUUAAACUAUCAAUAAUAUUCACCAGGGUAGCUAGUUAUCUUUGGUCUAUUUUCUGCACAAAUUUACAACUUACUAAUUCUCUAUGAGCUCUUUUUCAUACAAUUCUGCAAAGGAUUCUGCAUACAAUUCUGAAUGGAGAUAGACACUAAGCUAAUGUCAAAAAACAGGGGAAAAAGAACUUCAGUUUUCUACUCAGAACUAAGGUCAGUCUCUUUAUCCCCUUUAUUGUCAUUCUCAGUGAGACUCUGAUCUCCUUUUCUUAGGAGAUCCUGACUCUUGAAAAAUGAAUGUGAGGUUGUCUCUCAGAAAGGCUGUCUCUACGCAAUCAACAAAAUUGAGCCUAAGUAAAUAAAGAAGAAAUAAGAACACCCAAAAGCUAACUGAAAAGCAAGGAAAAGAGGUUCUUCACGGAGCAAUAGAUCUCCCCCUUCCCUCCCCUCCAAAAAUGUUAACAGGAAGCCUCCGAGAGCCUCACACCCCAGGUAAGGCUGUGCAGACAGUUCAGUCAAGACAAAACCUGGAUGUGACAGCUGAGCAAACAGGGAGAGCUUCAGCAGCUCAGCGGGAAGCUUCAGCAGGCACGGGUUCCUGCCUCCCUCCUGUGGAGGUCAGGGGGAAGUGCAGGAAGUGGCAAGAGUCACUCUCCCAGGGCUCACACAGCGGGAGGGACAAGUACAAGUUGAAGGCUCAUUUCCCAAUUCCCAGAAGUCCACAGUAUCCAAAAAGCAGCCCUAUGUGACCACUAUGAACUCUGCUAAGGAUUCUCUAGAGAAGAAGCCAGGCUUAUGGGGCGUUGCAAAUAAAUGCCACCCUGAUGCUUACAAAAAGGUUUAUAUGGCCCCAAGCAAAAACUCCACGGCAAAGUUCAACCCUACCUCCAGAGGCUCCUGCAGGAAAACUCAGAAUCCUUUUCCUCUUCCUUUUCCCCAACCCCCCAGAGAGGAAAAACUACCCGGUAGGUAAAAGAGCCAAGAUCCCAGAGUUCCAGACACUGCCACAAAUAUCCCAGGACCACUAAAGGUAUUCCAAAAUAGAAGAAUGAAAGCCAGUGUACCAGGAGCCUUAUGUAGGUUACCUUUUAUAGUGCUCACACACCUGUCAGGUUGGGAUGCUAUCAGGCUCAGAGAAGCCAG